UUCAUUAACAUAUUAUUAGUCCAAAUUGUUCACUAUAAAUUUCAAAACUGAACCGAAUUCACUCUCGAUCUCGUGCUGGUCUAUUGUGCUGUGAGAGUAGUGCUUAAUGCUUUUCCUUAAAUUUUGCCGCUCUUAGUGUUGACAAACUCUAAAUUAUACAUGUUUUUGUUUCUUUUGGAUGAAAUAAGAAGAAGAAAAACGCACAUUUUUUGUACCACAGAACAGAACAUUCACAACAAUAGCGGCAACAUGCAACGAUCGUCGAAAAGAAAGCAGGAGGAACAGCCAGAGGAGGACAAGACGGAGCAGCCGCCACAAAAAGAAACGACGCCAGCAUCCGGCAACAGCACCAUUGGCGAUAUAACGGAUUUCACAACGCAAGCCUUCAAAAAUGUGGUGGCCGCCACACGUGCCUGCAAUGCCUUUCCUCAAGGCACCGCACGCUCCCUGUAUCUCAGCUAUCCAGGGUAUUCGCGUGUCAUAGACGAUCUCUCCCAGCGGCUGGUGGGACUCAUUGGCAACGUGGUGCAGGUCGAAGAAGUCAAGGGCGACAUUAAAAAAUGCCAGAUGGAGGAGCAGUUCGAGCUGGUGCAGGAGUGCAACGACAUACUCUUCGAGCGCAUAACAACGAAUCUGGACAUCAAAGCAGGACAGCGGCGGAAUCCGCACAUGGUGCUGGAGACCCAGGUGGAUGUACUGAGCUCCUCCCCGACGAAAGCGGCGGCGGCCAACACGGAGACGCCCAAGGCGGGCAGCUGGAACCGUUGGCCACCAACGCCGCAACGUAACAUGCUCUCCGCGCGCCUGUUCACGGCCAAGAACAUAAAACGGCCGCAAAUGAAUUUCAAGGAGCCUGUGGACAACAGUGACCAAAAUCCGUUUACGCCACGGCUCAGGGAGAAGCCAAACUCGCUGAAGCCGCUGGCAAUGCUGCCCGAGUACGACGAGGCGGGCAAUGUGCACGCCUAUCUGCAUCCGUACGAGUUUGAGCUGAUGAAGUUCGAGCCGUCGGCGGGGCAGCUACAGCGACAGACGCCUGUGCUGCCUGCGCCGCCCGCGAGCACCGAGCUGAUGCUCGUCGACAGUGUGGAGAAGCUGAACCAGGCACUGGAGGAGCUGCGUCAGGCGCCACACAUAGCCAUCGAUGUGGAGCAUCACUCGUAUCGCACGUUCAUGGGCAUCACCUGCCUGGUGCAGAUGUCCACGCGCACCAAGGACUACAUCUUUGACAGUCUGGCGCUGCGCGAGGAGAUGCACGUCCUGAAUCUGGUGCUGACGGAUCCCAAGAAGCUGAAGAUUCUGCACGGCGCAGAUCAGGACAUUGAGUGGCUGCAGCGCGACCUGUCGCUGUACAUUGUCAACAUGUUCGACACCCAUCGGGCGGCCAAGGCGCUGAACAUGGCCCGACUGUCCCUGGCCUUUCUGCUCAAGCACUACGUGGACCUGGAAGUGGAUAAGAGCCUGCAGCUGGCCGACUGGCGCAUGCGGCCGCUGCCCCAGCAGCUCAUCGACUACGCCCGCCAGGACACGCACUAUCUGAUCUACGUGUACGAGCGUAUGACCAACGAUCUGCUGCAGAGCGAGCAGGGCCAGCCGCAGGCGCUGCGCAGCGUCUUCCAGCUGAGCACGGAGGUGUGCAAGAAGCGCUACAACAAGCCGCACAUCGGCCCGGAGUCGCACCUCGAUCUGGUGCGGAAAACGAAGCGCUCCUUCGACAAUCGACAGCUGCACGCGCUGCGCGGCAUUUUCGAGUGGCGCGAUACGACGGCGCGGCAGGAGGACGAGAGCUACGGCUACGUGCUGCCCAAUCACAUGAUGCUGCAGAUAGCCGAGAGCCUGCCCAGGGAGAUGCAGGGCAUACUCGCCUGCUGCAAUCCCAUACCGCCGCUGGUGCGCCAGCAGCUGCACACGCUCCAUCAGAUCGUGCUGAAGGCACGGGAACAGCCGCUGGUUAAACCCAUUCUGGAGGCACGCAGCCAGCCGCAGGGUCUGCCACCCAGCAGCAAGGAUUACAGCAGCAAACUCUACUGCCCGCACGACUUUACACACUUGGAGGAGACGCGCGACGAUCUGCCCACGCUGCUGAAGCGCAACGCGGCGGGCAGGCUGCAGCUGCCAGCGGUGGAGGAGCAACCCAAAGAGGACGUUCCCCUGGCAGGGCCUGCCAUGGCACUGUUUGCCAAGCCCGCGGCGCACACACCCGAGGAGGAGAUGCGCCUGGUGCACUUGCGCAAGGAGAGUCAGGUGCUGCGCAUGCCCUACAAGCGCUACCUGGCCAUCCUGCCGCUCAUGCAGCAGCUGAAGGCCGACCAGCAGGCACGCGACCGCACUGAGCUAGCCAAGCGCCGCCUAUGCCCAGCGGCACCCACGCCAGAGGACAUCAAAUUAGAGUCAGCCACAGGUAAGGUCGAGCCAGAGGAUCCCGUCUACAGUCUGCCGCUCAAGGAACAACUGAAGCGCAAACACAAGCCCGAUCCUGACCAGCAUCCCAGCAGCAGCAAGCGUUUGAGAGAAGGCAACAGCAAACCCAAGGCGGAAGCAGUUCCAGCAGUGAAGAACGAGACAAUCACCUGCAUUAGGGACGACGACGACGAUGCUGUCGUUGAAGUUCCCAUAGAGAAACAACCCGCAGCGCAGGCAGCUGAAGCUCCAAGCAAGCGUCAGCAGAAGCGUCAGCAGUUCCAGCGCUUCAGGGGUGGCAAGGCACGCGGCAAUCAUCCACAGAGUUCCAGUCAGCCGGUGCAGCAGCAGCCCAAGCCGCAGGGCAAUAACUUUGACUACAAAAACGUGGACUUUAGGCAGUUCAAGGGCGGCGCACAACGUGCACGUGGCACAGAGAUUAAGCACACAAUACGUGGAAGGAAUCGUCCCAAUAAUCGGAAUAACAAGCAGUUCAACAAGCUAUUUACAUUUAGCAAUGUAAGGAAGGAAGGCAAGAAAUAGAACUGUGCUUAAAAACAUUUACAAUGGAUGU